CUGCGCAUGCGCACAGGACUGGAGAACUGACAUCGCGGAGCAGCACUGCAAUAUCCAUCGAUUCGGGACCGAAGAUUAUCCAUCUGCAUUCUCGCAAGACUGGUGCCACCUGUACAUAUUACUCCAUACCAACUGUGUCAUUAAAGCAACCAUGUCCAUGGGAAGUGACUUUGGGAACCCUUUACGGAAAUUCAAACUUGUUUUUUUAGGAGAGCAAAGCGUUGGGAAAACAUCGCUGAUAACAAGGUUCAUGUAUGACAGUUUUGACAACACUUAUCAGGCAACCAUUGGAAUUGACUUUUUAUCAAAAACCAUGUAUCUGGAAGACCGAACUGUGAGGUUACAGCUAUGGGACACCGCAGGGCAGGAGCGUUUUAGGAGUCUCAUCCCGAGCUACAUUAGAGACUCCACAGUGGCUGUGGUGGUGUAUGAUGUCACAAAUGUCAAUUCAUUCCAGCUAACCUCCAAAUGGAUCGAUGAUGUCAGAACAGAGAGGGGAAGUGAUGUCAUUAUCAUGCUGGUGGGCAAUAAAACAGACCUAGAAGAAAAGAGGCAAAUCACUAUAGAGGAGGGUGAGCAGCGGGCCAAAGAACUGAAUGUGAUGUUUAUCGAGACUAGUGCAAAGACUGGCAGCAAUGUAAAACAGUUGUUUCGGAGAGUGGCUGCUGCUUUGCCCGGAAUGGAGAGCCUGGAUGAUAACAACAAAGAAGGAAUGAUUGACAUUAAGCUGGACAAACAGCCGGAUCCUCCAGCCACUGAAAGUCGGUGCUCCUGUUAGUAGAAAAAACGGUCCGGACCUUCAUUAACACCACAUGCUUGUUCUGUUGCUUCCUAUGGGUCCACGUCCAGUUGAACUUUAUGAUCGGAAAUAGGCUUUUAACAUCUGAAUGGGUCUAAAAUUAUAUUCCUCAGUUGCAAGAACAAAAAAACAAAAAAAAAUCUACACUGUCUGUUUAAUUGCCAGAAUAAUAUCAUAGGUAAUUCAAAGUGACUAGCUAACAGAUUCAUAUAAGACAGGAAGUGGCAUGUGUACCAUCUUCGGAACAAACAACAUUCAGAGUGGAUUAUUGGUUGUUAUGUUUUGUAUUUUUGUACAUUACAAAAAGCACUAAAUGAUGCCUUCACACAAAUGAGUUUAAGAUUCAAAACGGGCGACAGAGUAACUGUCUUUUGUCCAUAGCUUGCAUGUAAGACAACUUUUAGAAUCUGUCAUGUCCUUUGGUCCAUACACAUCGAUAGUAACGAAGCGAAGAACUCCGAAUUAAUGAAAAAAAAGAAAAAAGAAGAGAGGUCCUGUUCAAAGUGUGGGUCUGUGUAUACAGUACAUCCUACAUGUUAAACCAGUACUAGCCUCCAUGAGAGGUGUGUGUACUAACCCGGUUAACCUUUAAAGUGCCGUGGCACUGUUGCAAAGAACCAAUGGAUUUUUCUGCUAGCUUCAUGUGUACACUUUAGAUCCGCCAGGCGGUGCUGUAUUGUAUAUAGUAUUUAUAUUAUUGUGAACAUCCAUUAUUUAGACGUGGUUUAUGUUCACUUGUACAAAUGUUUUCUUCUUUAUUUAAAUAUGACAAGGGCUUCACUUUAUUUUCUCGGUCUCACCUGUAGCCAUACACUGGUAGUGAAGUAUUACCUUUGGUUUGGGCAUUUUGCUUCCUUAUACUGUUUUACUCAUCCACCUAUUCAAAAGAAUACAUUAUUCCUGUUUAAACCCCUUUCGGAUGUUUUACAGAAAUAUGUGGGUUGAUUUUUUUUAUUUUUAUUUUUUUAUUAUGGUUUUGUAUUUUGCAGCCAACUUGAACUACAAAGAAUAAGACAAGUGUCAGUCAUUCGGUUGGGGUGAGAAAGGCGAAUUUGAGGUAAGCCUUAGGAAACAACAGAUUUUCAUUUCAAAUACAUGCAUUUUCUUCUGGGUUCUGACAAGGAAAUGUAUGGUUCACCACAUCCUAAUGUGAUGAAACAGACAAAUGAUUGUCAUAUCCUUCGUAGUGAAGCUCUCGUAAUCUCCCGCACAUGGGCUGAAUGGGUUUGUAGAUUAAAAUUCAAAAUGCUAGUUGUAGGCGAACACUUUGAGCUGAGAGAGAAUGUACCCCCCUGUCGUCCGCUCACAAUAUUCUGUUUCGCAACAGUACGUUCAAGAAAUGUGAGUUGUUUACGAAUCUCUGGAAACAUAGUAUCUGUAAUAUUUCAUGCAUUUGUUUUUGUUUUGUAUUUGAACUGUUUACAUAAAUGCACUGAUUAACACCACUGAUUGUAUAGAGAUUAAUUUAGGAUAUAUUAGGUAUUUAUAACAUAUUUAAUGUUAGUGCGAGUUUCUUUCUGGUGUCAGUAAUUCUAUUAAUUGAAACCUAAAUGGACAUGAGGAAUAACUGUGACUGAAUUGUUGGACUUCAGCUUCUGGGGCCGCUGAUAUUAACUGUGGGGAGGGACUGAGGUUAAUGAGUUUUGCACUGACAGGGCACAGAAUAUGUCAGCUAUCACAUUCACAUUUCUCAAGCCGUUUCCUCUUGUUAGCUUUGUCAUCUUUCACUUUUGUACACUAGUUGUGCCUUCUGUUAUUGUGGCAUCACAAUGCAAAGCUUUCAUUGUAUGGCUACCUGAGAACACAUACGUUACAGAACGGUGGUCACUGACUGGUCAGCCAGACAACUGAUGGAGUUAUGAUAAAAUUGUUAUAUUCACACAUCUAGCCAAUACACAGAACAAAUUGCAGAACAGUCCCGUACAAGCGGAAGGUUAUGUGUAAAACAGGAAAUUGCUGCUGAUAGUGUGAGGAGAUUGAAUCUGUCAAGAGUUGUUGAAAUAGGGUUGUGUAGAGCAGUGUAGUUGGCUCUUUAUUCACUCUGUAAGGACAUUUAUGAGCAUGACAUCUGUCUGAAAAAAAUUAAUAAAAAUUAAUAAAAUCCAUGU